AUGCUCUCAAAAUUGUAUUCGCCACGCGUGGUCAUCAUCGGAGCUGGUAUCGUCGGUACCAACGUGGCUGACGAGCUGGUCGCUCGAGGAUGGACCAACAUUACAGUGGUUGACCAAGGGCCCCUGGAUAUGCCAGGAGGUUCCACAUCACAUGCUCCCGGUCUCGUCUUCCAGACAAAUGUUUGCAAGACUAUGACCUUGUUUGCACGCUACACAGUCGAGAAGUUCAUGGCCCUGGAAGAAGAUGGUCAGAACUGCUUCAACCAGGUUGGAGGACUGGAAAUCGCCACAGACGCCGCUCGUAUGGCAGAAUUGAAACGCAAGCAUGGUUACGCACAGUCUUGGGGCAUAGAGGCCCACCUCAUCAGCCCUGAGGAAUGUCUGGAGAAGUACCCCCUCCUCAACAAGGAGCAGGUCCACGGAGGUCUUCACAUUCCCACCGACGGUCUCGCCCUUGCUGCUCGCGCUGUCCAACUCCUUAUCAACCGUACCCGCAAAGCUGGUGUACAAUAUAUCGACAAGACUCCCGUGACCGGAAUCGCAAAAGCUGACGGCCAUGUGACCGGUGUAGAGACACCGAAUGGCGUUAUCCCCGCUGACAUUGUCGUCUCAUGCGCUGGUUUCUGGGGUGUUGAGAUCGGUGCCAUGAUUGGUCUUCCCAUUCCUCUGCUUCCCUUGGCUCAUCAAUACGUCAAGACGACCUCUGUACCUGCUCUGGCAAGCCGCAACAAUCCCGAGGGUGGCGCUUCCUUGCCUAUCCUCCGUUACCAAGAUCAAGAUCUAUACUACCGUGAACACGGUGAUCAAUAUGGUAUUGGAUACUACGGUCACAAGCCUAUGCCCGUCGUAGCCUCAUCUCUGGGCGUUACUCCUGAGCAUGUUGACCACAAAAACAUGCCCUCCCGUCUCGAGUUCACUCGCGAGGACUUCGAGCCUGCAUGGGAGCUCUCAAAGAAGUUUUUGCCUUGCAUGGAUGAGGUUGAGAUCGAGGACGGCUUCAACGGCAUCUUUUCCUUUACCCCCGAUGGUGGUUCCCUCGUUGGUGAGGCACCCAACCUCGAAGGAUUCUUCGUCGCCGAGGCAGUCUGGGUCACACACUCUGCAGGUAUUGCUCGUGCAGUAGCUGAGGUAUUGACGACUGGAAAGAGUCAGAUCGAUCUUGGAGCUGUCGAGCUCAACCGCUUUGAGGAAGUUCAGUUGAGCAGCUCGUACGUCAAAGAAACUUCGAUGCAAAACUUUGUCGAGAUUUACGACAUUAUGCACCCUCUGCAACCACGAGAGUCACCUCGCAACCUCCGCGUCAGCCCCUUUCACGCUCGUCAGAAGGAGCUUGGUGCUUACUUCCUGGAAGGUGGCGCAUGGGAGCGACCUUAUUGGUUUGAGGCCAACGAGAAGCUUGUCAAAGAUCUGCCUGAGGAGUGGAAGCCCAAGGAUCGCGAUGCUUGGUCUUCCAGGUAUUACAGUCCAAUCGCUGCGGCAGAGGCGUGGAAGACUAGAACGACCGCUGCGAUGUACGACAUGACACCGCUUCGUCGUUUGGAAGUCUACGGACCAGGUGCUGUCGAGCUAUUACAGCGAGUCAGCACUGGUGACGUUGGCAAGAAGCCUGGAGCCGUCACGUACACCCUCUUCCUUGAUGGCAGAGGUGGUAUCAAGAGUGAUGUGACCGUCGCCAGACUUGAAGACAAGUUGUUCCAAGUCGGUUGUAACGGGCCUGUCGAUCUGGUAUACCUCAACAAGGAGGCCGAUAAGCAGAUGGAGCAAGAUCCCACAAAAUGGGUCACUGUUCGCGAUGUUACUGCCGGAACCUGCUGUAUCGGUCUUUGGGGUCCCAAGGUCAGAGAGAUUAUCAGCAAGGUCAGCCAAGACGACUUCUCAAGCACAGCCAAGGGUCUGCGCUACUUCCGUACCAAGCGCGCCAACAUCUCUGGCAUUCCUGUCACCAUCAUGCGAUUGUCGUAUGUUGGAGAGCUUGGUUGGGAGAUUUAUACCACGGCUGACCGCGGUCAAGCACUAUGGGACGCACUCUGGGAGGCUGGUCAAGAGCAAGGAGUCAUUGCGGCUGGCCGUACUGCCUUCAACGCCCUCAGACUGGAGAAGGGAUACAGAUCAUGGGGCUCUGACAUGAACACUGAGCACGACCCUUAUGAGGCCGGUGUUGGCUUCGCAGUCAAAGCAGGAAAGCUAGGCUACUAUGGUCAAGCAGCUCUCGAAGGGCGCUCGGUCGAGACAUCGAAGAAGCGUUUACGCUGCCUGGUCGUCGAUGAUGGUUCCUCGGUUGUGCUUGGCAGAGAGCCUGUGUUCGUUGGCGGCAAGCCCAGCGGGUAUGUUACUAGCUCUGCAUUUGCCUACACCAUCGGCAAGCCCAUUGCUUAUGCAUGGUUGCCAAGCACGAUCAACGAGGAGGACAAGGUUGAGAUUGAGUACUUCGGCAAGAGAAUCGAGGCUACGGUUACUGCCGAGCCAUUGUUCGAUCCUUCCAUGUCACGUCUGCGUGGUUGA